CAUUUUCUCAUAACAUUACUUUUCACUUCAUCAAAAGUAACAACAUAACUUACUAGAGCUCCCUAGAGAAAAUCCAAAUAUGGCUUCCAUUUUCAAUGCCUCAAACUCACUUUUCCUUUGCUUGAUUCUUGUUUCUAUCUCACAAUUUUUGGUUAUCAAUUGUACUGAAUUUCGAGUUGGAGGUAGAAAUGGUUGGGUUGUCCCUACCUCAAAGGACUCCGAUGAAAUGUAUAACCAAUGGGCUUCCCAAAAUCGGUUCAAAAUCGACGAUACUAUUCAUUUCAAGUACGAUAAGGACUCAGUGAUGAUGGUGAGUGAAGGGGAAUACGAAAAGUGCAAAUCGGAUCGUCCGCUGUUUUUCGAAAACAAUGGGAAUACCACUUACAAAUUUGAACGACCGGGAAUGUUCUACUUCAUUAGUGGUGUUAGUGGACAUUGUACAAGGGGACAGAAAAUGGUGAUCAAGGUUUUGGAUAUUGAACCAAUUAUAGCACAAUCACCACAAUCUGCAAAUGAGACUGCAUCAAUAGCACACUCUAAAGCUACUCAAAUGGAUGCUAUUAGUGUCACAGUAUUCACACUCUUUGUUCUUUCAUUCAUUGGCAUGGUUUAUGUUUGAAGCAUUACUAGUUCUUAGUCUAUUAGGUUAGGUUAUGAGUAUGGUCUAAUUCUAGGUGGUUUGUUUUGUUGAGUUUUGU